UAUUUAUUCUCAAUCCAGGAGACUGGAUCGAUGGGCAGAACACUUUAGGGAUCAGUUCAACUGGCCUCGAGCCACUCUUCGGUUACCCACGAUCUCCAGUCAUCCUGAAUGGCAAAUCGACCUAAGUCCCCCUAGUCUUAAUGAAGUUGAAAAAGCUUUAGGAAAUCUGAAGCGAGGACGAGCUGCAGGUCCUGAUAGACUGACCCCUGAGAUAUUUAAGGAUGGUGGUCCAGUUUUAGCAGCUAGGUUGACUGAGAUCUUAGGUAGAAUCUGGGAACUGGACGUAAUCCCAUCCGACUGGUCUCAAUCACUGAUUGUCCCAAUCUACAAGAAAGGACAGAAGUCUUCUUGUGACAAUCACAGGGGAAUAAGUCUAACUAAUAUAGUAUCUAAAAUAUUGGCCUCAAUAAUACUUCGACGCUUAACGAAAGCUCGUGAAGAGCAGACUCGAGAAAACCAGUCUGGUUUUCGACCUGGACGUGGCUGUAUAGACCACAUUUUCACACUACGACAGGUCUUGGAACACAGACACACAUUUAGGCGUCCUACAAUAGUUGUUUUCCUGGACCUUAAGGCGGCAUUUGACUCAGUGGAUCGUGAGGUUCUGUGGCAGUGUUUGUCAUUGAAAGGUGUACCAAAUAAGUACAUUAACCUCAUACAAGCUCUCUACUCAAACACCACUGGUCGAGUGAGAGCUUAUGGCGAACUGUCACCGGAAUUCUCUACAUCAAGUGGUGUCCGUCAGGGAUGUCCACUCUCUCCAUUCUUGUUUAAUUUUAUCAUAGACAUGCUCCUAGAAAUAACCUUAUCCUCGUCUGAAUUUUCUGGAGUAGACCUUCUACCAGGUGGCUCGCUUAUUGACUUAGAAUAUGCCGAUGACAUAGUCCUACUUGGUGAAGACGCUGACAAAAUGCAGAGUCUUCUGACUACCCUAAGCAACAAUGCAAGCAUGUUCGGGAUGCGGUUUUCCCCUUCGAAAUGCAAAAUGUUGCUUCAAGAUUGGGUUUCAUCGGCACCUGAACUAGUGAUAGGGAGUGAAGUAGUCGAACGUGUAGACCGCUUCACUUAUCUCGGGAGUCUCAUCAGUGCCGAUGGCCUGGUGACUGACGAAAUCUCGGCACGGAUACAGAAGGCUCGAUUGGCUUUUGCCAACCUGCGUCACUUAUGGCGUAGGCGAGAUAUCCGUUUGCUGACUAAAGGACGAGUGUACUGCGCAGUGGUUCGCUCCGUCUUACUUUAUGGCUGUGAAACAUGGCCAAUGAGAGUAGAAGAUACUCGUCGGUUAUUGGUUUUCGAUCAUAGAUGUCUUCGAAGCAUUGCUCGUAUAUCGUGGGACAACCGAGUGAGCAACGCUGUUAUUAGGAAACGGGUACUAGGUAAGAAUGGCAGACCAAUCGAUGAAGUGGUGAAACUUCAUCAGUUGAGGUGGUUGGGACACGUGUUGCGUAUGCCUAACCAGCGACUCCCUCGUCGAGCUUUGUUUUGUAGUGUAGGAAUAGGUUGGAAGAAAGCUAGGGGCGGCCAGACCAAAACAUGGCAGAAAUCCAUGAAGUCAUUGACUAGUGGACUUAGCCAUGUCGGUAAUUGUCGACUACCUGGUUGGGGUCCGCGAGAUGAUAAUAAUCGAUGGUUAGAGACCUUGAAUGACAUGGCUCAAAAUCGUUCGCAAUGGCGCCAGUGCAUUUAUUCUUUGUGUUCUCUCAAAUCCUAAUCUUCUGGAUUCUUCAACACCUCUAGUUUUUACUUUCUAAACUUAUCUCAUUUAAUCAUACUUCAUGAAUAAUAUCUUCUAAUCCUAACCUCUCCGAUUACUUCUAAUAACUUUACUACCUCUUCUACUAUUGGAUUUGAAUUGAC